AUGAAGGCGCCUUACAUGAUGCGUAGGAUCACACAUCUCCACCUCGUCUCUACCGUCUCGGUUUCUCUGCUCGACCACCUCCUGUGUCUCACUCACCUGGCCAUGACGUGGAGUACCGGCACCUCUCGUACCGUAGCCCCGCUCGCCCUGGCCUUGCCCACUCUUAAGAUGCUCGUCUUCGUGGUGCAUUCUCGCGCUGCAAGGCCAGUUAGGGAGAUGGCUAAAGGAUAUACAAGUAUGCUCCGGAGAAAGGAAGGGAGGGUCUGGUUCCUAGAGACAGAUAAGAGCAAGUUGAGGGAAAAUUGGGAAUAUGAAGGUAAGGGUGGCCCGAGCCUCUGGGACCGUGCGAUACGGCAGACCACGAAUUGGGAGGUGAGUCACUGUAUUUUGUGA